AUGAGCGGGGAAGAGCCGGUCAUCACGUACGAUGGCAAGAACUACAAGGGCAUAACGGAGGGCAAGGCGACCAUUCUCGUGCCCGCCGAAGUCGAGAAGAAGGGCCAGCAAGUUUUCUACAACCCGAUUCAGCAGUUCAACCGGGACCUUUCCGUUCUCGCCAUCAGAGCAUACGGUCAGGAGGUUGUCGAGAGGAAGGCUGCGCAGGCCGCUCAGGUCGCGGCCAGGCGCAAGGACAAGAAGAGACGGAGGGUUGCUGCGGACGAGGGCGGCAACCGGCCGGCCAAGGUGCAAAUCACGGACGACGGCAAGGCGACCGAGAGCACCAAUGGCGAGGCCCAGGAGGUGGGGACUGAGAACGGCGCCAACGGCACCAGCGCGGAAGCCUCAGCGGACGCUGUGACUUCGACGACAGCAGCCGAGGCGCCUGCGACGACCGUCGAGGCCAAGGACGAAACGGUGGAAGGCGACGCAAAGACUGCCGCCGAGAAGGCCCCUCCUCGCUUCACCGUCCUGGACGCCUUAUCGGCGUCUGGUCUCCGUGCGCUGCGCUACUCGCACGAGCUGCCCUUUGUCACUUCGGUGACGGCCAACGACCUCACCAAGAGCGCGAUCGAGUCGAUCAAACUGAACACGAAACACAACGGGCUGGAGGACAAGAUCCAAACGAGCCACGACGAUGCCAUCGCUCACAUGUACCGGCGCAUUGCCGACGACCUGACGAACCGGGACCGUUUCGGCAACCCCAGUAAGGAAAACAAGUACGACGCCAUCGACCUGGACCCGUACGGAACCGCCGCUCCUUUCCUGGACGCCGCCGUGCAGGCCGUCCGGGACGACGGUGGCCUUCUCGCCGUCACUUGCACGGACGGCAGCCACUGGGCCGGCCACUGCUACGCCGAGAAGUGUUUCUCGCUGUACGGCGGUGUUCCCGUCAAGGGCCUCCACUCGCACGAGGUCGGCAUCCGCCUCAUCCUCCACGCGCUGACAAGCGCGGCGGCCAAGUACGGCCUGACGAUCGAGCCGCAGCUGUCCCUCUCAAUCGACUUUUACUGCCGGGUGUUUGUCAAGGUGCGCAAGUCCAAGGACGCGGUCAACUACCAGGGUGGCAAGACGAUGAUCAUGUACAACUGCCCGGGAUGCUCGGCGUGGGAGACGCAACCGAUGGUGCGCACUCGGCCGGCGCCCAAGAAGAAGGAGGGCUACUUUUACAAGCACGGGCUGUCGCAGGGCCCGCCCACGGACUCGCACUGCAAGCACUGCGGGUCGAGCAUGCACAUCGCGGGGCCGAUGUACAGCGGCCCGCUGCACAACCCCGACUUCAUCCAGGGCAUCCUCGACCUGCUGCCGACGGUGGACAAGAGCGUGUACCAGACGACGUCGAGGAUAGAGGGCAUGCUCCAGACGGCCAUGGAGGAGUACCUGCCCGGGCCGGGGCCGAAGGAGGAGGUGGACGCCAAGGACAGGGAACUGGCGAGGGUGGACGACUACCCGUUCUUUGUGAUGCCGUCGAGGCUCGCGGGCACGCUCAGCACGCAGCAGCCGCCGGACGACAUGUUCCGCGGGGCGCUGAAGCACUUGGGGUACCGCGUGACGCGCAGCCACUGCCGGCCCGGCAGCGUCAAGACGGACGCGCCGUGGGAGGCCAUCUGGUUCGUCAUGCGCGAGUGGGUUCGGCAGAAGGCGCCCGUCCGCACAGACCGGAUCAACCCGCAGAUGCCGGCGUACCGGUUGCUCGGCCUCGACAAGGCGGAGAGCAACGGCGAAGGAAAGGAGACGAAAGCGGAGGAGGAGGAUGGGGAGAAGGAGGAGACGGGCGCGGACGUGGAGAUGAAGGAGGGACUCGAGCAGGAUAAGCAGACGGAUAAGGGCGAGGUCGAGAAGACGGACGAGAGCUCCGAGGGGGAGGAGAAGAAGGCGGCAGCGUCGCAGGAGGAGCUGCGCAAGACGCUUGUGUUCGACGACAAGCUCGCGAAGCUCGGCAAGCGCAGAGAGCAGCGGAAGCUGGUACGAUACCAGAUGAACCCGCGGGAGAACUGGGGCCCGAUGACGAGGGCGAAGGGGGCGUGA